GCUUAUCCCUUCAUCCCUGAUCUCCUUCAUCCGAUCCAAUCCUCAUCUGUUCCUCUGUAGAGGAAGGAACAGGAAAAUAAGUGUGUUUUUCACAAGCAACUCGCCACCAGUGUCUUAGGGGAACACACGGAGGAAGCGUUCGAAAGAGCAGUCUAUUGGACUGAGAACGAGUUGAGAAGAGAAACACAAAUUCUUGAGGAAUAUCAGAGAACAGGCACUUUGUAUUGGAAAAAAAGCCCAGGUCACCUUGUAUCGAUUCAUUCCUUCCAGUAAUUACAACCUUCAACUGUAACCAUGGGUGAAAUGGAGAAGAUGAAAAAGGAAGUUGAAACCCUAAAGACACAGAUAGAGGCAGCACGCAAAGCAGCGCAUGACACAGACAUGGCUUCUGCUGCCUCUGGAGUGGUAGCUACGCCCACCAUACAGCUGAAGACCAGGAAGACGCUUAAAGGCCACUUGGCUAAAAUCUAUGCCCUGCACUGGGCCACAGAUAGUAGACUAAUGGUCAGUGCAUCACAAGAUGGAAAACUCCUUAUUUGGGAUACCCACUCAGGAAACAAGAUUAAUGCGGUUCCUCUGAAAUCCUCAUGGGUGAUGACCUGUGGAUAUUCACCCUCUGGAAACUUUGUGGCCAGUGGUGGUCUGGACAACAUGUGCACAAUAUACAACUUAAAGACGCCUGUGGUUAAGAUCGUGAAAGAAUUAGAUGCUCACACAGGUUAUCUCUCCUGUGCCCGCUUUCUUAGUGACAGUGAAAUCCUCACUUCCUCUGGUGACACCACCUGUGCAUUGUGGGAUAUAGAGUCUGGCAAGCAGAAGACUGUCUACCUUAACCAUGUUGGUGAUUGCAUGUGUCUGGCUCUGUCCCCUGAUAUAAACCUGUUCAUUUCUGGGGCAUGUGACGCGUUGGCCAAACUGUGGGAUAUGAGGGAUGGAAAAUGCAAACAGACAUUUCAGGGCCACACCAGUGAUGUCAACGCCAUUGCUUUCUUGAACAACGGAAAUGCUUUUGUGACCGGCUCAGAUGACUGCACCCUUAAAAUGUUUGACAUCCGCUCUGAUCAGGAAGUAAUGUCCUACGAGGACAGCCAAAUGAACAGCGCCGUGACAUCCUUGGCCCUGUCAAUGUCAGGCCGCCUCAUAUUUGCUGGAUAUGACAACUUUAACUGCAAUAUCUGGGACUUGCUAAAGGGCGAGAAAGUUGGAGUGUUGUCUGGACAUGACAACAGAGUGAGCUGCACUGGAGUACCACUGGAUGGCAUGUGUGUGUGCACCGGAUCAUGGGACAGCUUUCUAAAGGUCUGGAACUGAUCUGGUUCAAACACUCCAAAGAAAAAUGCAAGGAGAAAGAGGAGGAGGGGAAGCAAAUGAAAGAGAAAAAAAUUGAGUUGGUAGGGAGAAGUAGAGAGAAUUAGAAAAAAAGGAAGGCAUGUCAAAGAUCCUGGGACAUUAAUGGCACAAAACUCUCUCUUACCGUCUCUCUUUUUCUAGCACAUAUGGAAACUGGGAAAUAAAAGGAAUGUUCUAGCGUAUUACCACGAAAGGGGAAAUGCAUGAUCAGCCCAUGACCAAGAUCCAAAAUAGAAUAAGAUUCAUCUCAUGUGGAGAUAUACAGUUGUGUUCAAAAUUAUUCAACCCCCACUGAAAUUGAUUGUUUUGGUCGGUUUGACAUUGAUUAUGAUCAUUCAGUCAUCCUGCUUACAAUUAAAUCAAAGAGGCACGUGUAGGUCAGA